UUUACGAACAGUUAGCUGUUGCGUGUUUUUCUUCAAUCCGACCAAUCACAGCCCUCCAUUCUGGAUGCCUGAGGAUCCACACUUCAAGGUUCACCUGUUAAAAGAAUCGUUUUUUCCCAAAUAUAGAUAUGCAACUCCGUAUGCAAUGCACGUAUCAAUUCUAACUAUGGCAAACCUCUGAAGGCCUUCCUCAUAGAACCCGCGAAUUCUGAAGCCCGUCUCCCUCGAUCGCCUUUCGUCCUCUCACUCGCUUGACGCUAUACAUGCUAUACAGCCGCGGACGCGAACGCAACCCCACGACAGGACGACCAGCCUGAGCCCACAUCGUCAACUCACCGAUUCGCAGGUCCGUUGUCGCCCCCAUCCAGUCCCGUCCCGGCUCCCCCCACGACGCCUCUGCCCAGCCAGCAUUCGCAUCGUGUCAUGGGCGAGCUCCAGCGCUAGCCACGAUGGAGCAGCAGCAUCACGAUUCUAUGCCUGAUAAUCACACAUGAUGCUGCUUGGAACCCUCGGGGCCGCAGGCAGUGCUCUGAGACCUCCCGAGAUUUUGUGUGCGCCGUUCGCCUUGUGCUCUCUGGCGUCACGAAGACCUCGAAUCGGUUUCACGCUACCCAAGUAUCAGUUAUGGCACCCUAGACGAUGCGUCUCGUUCUCGCCUACAACUGCGCAAUCGCCGGAUAUCAUCGCUCAGCAUGUGCAAGCCUUCAAUGGAACAAUAACAAAAACGACGAAGAGACGGAAAGCUGUUUCCGCGCAACCAUCAGGCGACGUGGGCGCCACUUCUCUACCCCCAAAAUCCUCAAAAAAAGCCAGACCUAGCAAAGCAGAUAGGGGCAAGGCCGACGGUACCGCUAAUAAGCGGUCUGCAUUAUCGGAGAUAUGGGUUUCGGACAAACCUCCCGUGUCCGUAUUGCCCUACAAGAUGAAGGACGAUUUAUUCUACGCGGCUAAAAACGCCCCCGCCGGGUCUCCGGAUUCGUUCUGGUCGUACAGCCAGUAUCGUGGUAUAGGAAAAGACGGUAGAGAGACUACGCCGCUGGUGCACUACUGUCGGACUCGUGAGACAAUGGAAAGUGUCUGCAAGCAAUAUUUCCUUGGCGAGUCACUUCUCGGUUUCGACUUGGAGUGGUGUAUAAACUCGAUGCGAUUUCAAGGGGUUAGGAGGAACGUCUCGCUGAUCCAGUUAGCGAGUCCUUGUCGCAUUGGGCUCUUUCAUGUCGCCUGCUUUCGGGGCACAGGUGAUAUGGUUGGGCCUUCCUUCCGGAAGAUCAUGGAAGACGCAAAUAUCACCAAGGUCGGCGUUGCGAUUAGGGGUGACGUAUCGCGGCUCCGGAAAUUUUUAGACAUCGACUCGAAGGGAUUGAUAGAGCUGAGCCACUUGUAUAGGCUCGUUACCCAUUCUGCCUCUGGGGACUUUCACCUCAUCAACAAGAAGCUCGUGCCUUUGGCCACCCAAGUACAACAAUACCUACGUCUCCCCCUUUUCAAGGGGCAGGAUGUUCGCUCAAGCAACUGGAUGCGGCCCUUGAACAUGGCUCAGAUCAAAUAUUCUGCGUCGGAUGCGUAUGCCGGGUUGCAUCUUUAUGCCACUCUCGAAUACUUCCGGAAGAAGCUUCACCCUCGUCCGCCUACUCCGCAUCACGCCGAGCUUGGCCUACCCAUCCGGCUAGCGGACAGCACGGAGCUGACCGUCGAGGAUGACGACGCUGACACAAUAGAGAAGACGGAGCUGGAGCACGUGGACGUAGUUCCACCGCCGCUGGCGAAGCCCUUACCUCAGAAAACGAAAGCCACCGGGUCGUCUCGGACUCCCAAGGACUCCAGAGUCGAGAUCGCGGAAGAACGCGCAACUCGCUACCGAGCCGCGAAUCCGAACGCGCAGGCGUCCAUCGCACAGCUCCGGGCGUAUUAUAUGUGGCACGAACAGGGCCUCGAUGUGCAGACCAUAGCCGGGCUACUGCGGAGCCCGCCCCAAAGACUGACCACAGUUGUCUAUAAUAUCGUGAACGCUUCCAGGCUCGAGGGUCUACCCAUAGAUAGUGAUAGGACACGUGAAGAGAUUAACAGCCUCGGGACGAAGAAGAACGAGCUGGCCUCCCAGCUCUCAUCAUAGGCGUCUAUGGCUGAUUCCUAGAGAUCUCGACCAUGGUCGCUACCUGUCAGACUCUUUGAAUAGCCGCCACGCCGCUACACGGGAGGUUAUACCACAAGACAAAUAACUGGGUGGGCGGGCAGUACGUAUCUGUUAAUUAGAAGAUAGGCACCGAUAGAUGGGAGGACCAAGCGUAGAAUAUUCGGUCCUAGUUUACACAAGACCUUUCUCACUUUUAGAAUACAGCUCUGUGCAGCCAUCGACGAUCCGAGCAGCUUUGUGUUCCGCCUGUACGCGUUGGUGCAUAGGAGCGCAGCCUUCCUCGUGUCAUCUCCGCCAGUGGCUGUCGCCCCGUGGGUCGAAAGAUAUGGGGACACGAGAUGUGGAUUAUAGUUAUGGUGUACAAUACCCGUCCGUGUUAUCAGAAGAGAUCUCACUCCUCUAAUUAGUUCCCG